AUGGGGAAGGAAGGAGGGCGAUGGACGAAGCCAAGAGACGCUUACAACUACAUAAAGGAAGCGGAAUAUGGUGGGCAUGAUCAGAUAGAUUUGUACGAUGAUGUCAUCUCUCCAUCUGCAAAUAAUGGCGAUGCCCCAGAAGACCGGGACUACAUGGAUACCCUUCCACCAACUGUUGGUGAUGAUGUGGGAAAAGGCGCAGCGCCAAAUGUUGUCUAUACUUACACUGGAAAGAGAAUUGCAUUGUAUAUUGGAAAUCUAACAUGGUGGACAACAGAUGAGGACUUAACUGAAGCAGUUCAUUCUUUGGGAGUAAAUGAUAUUUUGGAGAUAAAAUUUUUUGAAAAUCGGGCAAAUGGACAAUCAAAGGGAUUUGCCCUUGUUGGUGUUGGAUCUGAAGCAUCUUCCAAAAAGUUAAUGGAUCUGUUGCCUAAAAGGGAACUUCACGGUCAGAAUCCUGUUGUGACUCCAUGCAAUAAGCAAUUCCUGAGUCAGUUUGAGAUGCAGUCCAGGAAAACUACACAAUCAGGACAAAUGUCUGGGGAAGGUAAAGCUGGUCCUCCAGGAGGCAGUUCACGUGCAGCAUUUCCACAAGGUGGUAGAGGACGGGGCCGUUUUCCAGGGGCUGUUCCCGGUGGGGACAGAUUUCCUGGGCCAGCAGGACCAGGAGGGCCACCUCCACCUUUCCCAGGAAAUUUGAUCAAGCAUCUUGUUAAAGGAACUCGGCCUUUGUUCCUGGAAACUAGGAUUCCAUGGCAUAUGGGGCACAGCAUAGAGGAAAUACCCAUUUUUGGCCUAAAAGCUGGACAGACUCCACCACGUCCUCCUUUGGGCCCUCCAGGCCCACCUGGUCCUCCAGGCCCUCCACCUCCUGGUCAGGUCCUGCCGCCACCUCUAGCAGGGCCUCCCAGUCGAGGAGACCGCCCUCCACCACCAGUUCUUUUUCCUGGACAGCCUUUUGGGCAGCCUCCGUUGGGUCCACUUCCUCCUGGGCCUCCACCUCCAGUUCCAGGCUACGGCCCUCCUCCUGGUCCACCGCCUCCACAGCAGGGACCACCUCCACCUCCAGGCCCCUUUCCACCUCGACCACCAGGUCCACUUGGGCCUCCCCUCACUCUUGCUCCUCCUCCACAUCUUCCGGGACCACCUCCAGGUGCCCCACCACCAGCUCCACAUGUGAAUCCUGCUUUUUUUCCUCCACCAACUAAUAGUGGCAUGCCAACAUCAGAUAGUCGAGGUCCACCACCAACAGACCCAUAUGGCCGACCUCCACCAUAUGAUAGGGGUGACUAUGGUCCUCCUGGGAGGGAAAUGGAUACUGCAAGAACACCAUUGAGUGAAGCUGAGUUUGAAGAAAUCAUGAAUAGAAAUCGGGCCAUCUCAAGCAGUGCUAUUUCAAGAGCUGUGUCUGAUGCCAGUGCUGGUGAUUAUGGGAGUGCUAUUGAAACAUUGGUAACAGCAAUUUCUUUAAUUAAACAAUCCAAAGUAUCUGCAGAUGAUCGUUGCAAAGUUCUUAUUAGUUCUUUGCAAGAUUGCCUUCAUGGAAUUGAGUCCAAGUCCUAUGGCUCUGGAUCAAGAAGACGUGAACGAUCAAGAGAAAGGGACCAUAGUAGAUCACGGGAAAAGAGUCGACGUCAUAAAUCUCGGAGUAGAGAUCGCCAUGAUGAUUAUUACAGAGAGAGAAGCAGAGAGCGAGAGAGACACAGGGAUCGAGAUCGGGACCGGGACCGGGAGCGUGACCGAGAGCGAGAAUACCGUCAUCGUUAGAAGCUGAAGGAAGAGGAACACCUUCCAAGACAAAACAGUCUUCAUGGGGAAAGUGACGCUUGUCCAGCAGUUUGCUUCUUGUGAUUGAACUGAACCUGUAAGGAUUCAUGGAUAAACUGAACAGGAAUAGAUCUGAAUAAAGCAAAUCUGCAUAAAUGGUAACCAGUAGCUCUACUUUUAUUUUUUUAUGUUGCUUAACUGUUUUAUUUGAAGGAAACCUGUGUGAUUUAAAAAGUUAAUAGCUUUUGCAACUUUAUUACUGGUUAUAUAUAUUUGGCCAUUAUAAUGUGCAAGCAAUUGGAAAAAAAAUUCAAGUAAAUGCUUGUUUUUAUAGUAGUUUGUUCUUGUUAAAAAUGUUCAUAUGAUAAUGUCUGUAAACAGCACCACUUUGAUUACAAUAGAUGUAGUGUUGUAAUAAACUGUUUAAUGGGGCUGAUGUGUAAAGCUGUUCAAGUUAUUUGAUGUUUACACCUCAGGGAAAGUCUUGUGUUCAGCAAUAUCUAAAGAUAAUGUUACUAUGACAACAUUUUUACUGUCCUUUAAAAAAGCAUUGCAAUAGGGUGUUUGGAUAUGCAUCAAUCUAAUCUUGCGUUCAGUGAAUUAAACAUAACCAAUUAAGUGUCUCUUGCCCUUGGUUUUGAUAUUAGAAUAGGCGAUUACAUGGAUAUUUAAUAUUUCUAUAUUCUGCUUUUCUAGCUGUUUUUAUCUAGUUAGCUUGUGAUUUUGCUGAAUGGUAUGUAAACUUGUAAAAACUGAAAAUUGGCAGAUAGAGCAAUCCAGUCAAUGUGUUAGGGGGUCAAAAAAUUUGAGGUUGUAACAUUUUUGGUAAAGACUCAUGUAUUUGCUUAAUUACACCCCAGAUAUUCUGAAACAAUUAAGUGUGAACUGCUAGCAUUAAGAGAGAUUUUGAUAAUUCUGAUUUAAUACAGUAAUUGACUGUUUCAUGCUGAUGGUGCCAUAGGCAGUGUAAAUACAGCCAUACAGCAGAUAAAUGUGAGUAAAGAAAGCCCUAGGAUUCUACUUGAUAGAGAGUCGGAAGGGUCUGAUGUUUAUUAACAUUGGGUUGUAUUCUUCAGUGUGAGUAAUGGGAGAUGAUAGCUUCAACCUUUAUUCAUGGUUCAAGGAAUUCUAUGUAUAUUUCUGUAACCUUGUUGAUUUAUGCUUGGUUAGAGUUAACCAGUUGAUUAUUUUUUUUUUAAAGCCAGCUUUAGUAAAAGACUGUAUGAGAAGCACCUGGCUAGCAUGUGUUCUGCAAAAUUAGCAGAGGCAGACUGUCAACUUGAUUACCUAUUUUUAUAGGAAGUUUAAAACCUGAAUUACUAAAGAAAUUUGAGAUAAAAUCAAAUUUUAAGCUAAUUUGUUUUAAAUAUAUUUUAAAGAUCUUACUAAUUAUGAGAGAUCUGUGGAUAGUAUGCAUUGGCUUUUAAAGUUUGUCUAAAUUUAAGGGCAAUGCUUAAGGUAUUUAUGUACCAUAGAUAGAUAAUGUGCAGCUCAAGAUUUGCACUGCUGUUUUUUAGUUUCAUCUUGUCUGCUUUUAAAGUACUCAACAUUUAGUUUCAAAAUACCCUUACCACUGCCAGUUCAUUUAAAAACGUUUUGUGAGCAGAGUAUUUUUGCAAGAGAUCAUUGGUGUUUACCAGAACUAACUGUUUGCUCUCAGAAAUGAUUUUUCUUAGGUGUUUAAUCUUGUUAAAAUGCAAGUUGCCUUUUAAUUUGAGAGUUGUAUCAAGAUCUAUUUUCUUGUUUUGUGUAAAGGUAUUGUAAGUUUUUGUGAUUUUUUUUUUUUAGCGUUUUUUAAUAGUCUAAUUAUAAUGCCCUAAUGUGAAGACAUUUGGACAUACAUAUGUUUACAAGGGAAAUUAGUUAGUAGUAAGGUAAAAAGGUAAGUAAAAUGUCCAUGAGAUAAAUCUUCUCUGAACACUUUUAAAAUGGAAUCACAAAUACAUAUACUUGAAAUGAAACUGGAGAUUUUGUACUAAUCUUAAUCCUUCACUACCUUUUCUGUUUUUAAUCAGUGGACCCCUUUCAUUGCUCCCUUCAUGUCACCCUUCUUGCUCGGCUUAUCUCGUUAAGUGACUUUGGCGGCAGAUAGUGUGAGUGUACUGGAGUUGUUUGCUGCUGCAGUCAAUUAUUUUAAGUGUUGUCAGGAAGAAACAAAUAAAAUAACUUUAGUUUGACUGACUUUGCAAAGUCUCCUACCUAAUAACACAUGAAUGUAUAGCAGUAAAAGUCAAAGUUACAAACCUUGUUUUAUUUGUCAAAGCCCUUGUGUUGUGUAGGAGCCGGUGUUAUUUAAAAACUUGUUUUUAAUGUGUAAAAAACAAUCCAAAGAGAUAAAUCUUUGCAAAGACACCAAAUAAACAAACAAACAAACAAACAAAUAAAUAAACAAGCAGAGGAAAGAGAGAGUAGGGAGGAUUGCGGGAGUCUUAGAAAUUAGAAUCCUGUAGUGUCGAUGAAGGCAAGCUUGCGUUCCCCAGAAUGCUAGCAUUGACCAGUGCUGCGCAGUCACAUUCCUUACCACUGGCAGGACAGGUAGAGAGGCGUGGUGAAGCACCCACAGGGUAGUAUUUCUCCUGGAGCAGCACUUUGAAUUCAUUAUACUGCUUUGAAGUAAAGGAAAUAGGUUUGUAGAAACAAUAUUUCAGUGUCAAUUUACAAGUGUUUAUGUUUUGUCAGUUUUCAGCAAGAUUUCAAGUAACUUGCCAUAGCUAUUGAUCAUGUAUGUUACCCCGUUUAAUGGCUCCUUUACCUAGAAUAUUCUUAAGCAGUUAACUACAAUUUGGAAUUCACAAAUAAUGUGUAGCUUAAGAUAUUAUUUUCAUUUGAUUCUCCUAUGGAGAAUGUUGCUUUAGUAAAGUCAGUUCUAAAAAUAAACAUGGAGGUUUUAAUGAGCAUUAUGUAACAUUUUAUGGUGAAGGGGAAUCUUGAAAAGGGUAAGACUGUUGCCCUGUGUGUUGAAAUGUGCCAAUAACCUAAGUACAUUCUGUUUCAUACAAUGAGAUGCUACUGCAAGGCUCUUCUGUUGGCGUGCUCUUGACAUUCUAGCUGUUACCCAGAUGGUCAUUGCAUUAUCUGUAUCUUACAAGUCCCAGCGUUGGGCUUUAAGCUUCAGCUUAAGUUAUUUUAAGAGGAAGUUUGUUCUGAUUCUUUCCUGAGAAUACAGUGUUGAGAUUCUUGCUAUUGCACAGAUAAUGAGUUUUCAAUUUUAUUCAUGAAGUUCAUUUGCAUCCCAUAGCCCUCUGUAAAUGUUUCCCCCAGUUGUUUGUACUUACAAAAUGCACGCUUAUCCAUUGUACAUAUUAGACAUUUUUUGUGCUAAAAUAUAUUAAGUAGGAUUUUUGUAGCAAAGCAUUCUAUUUUUAUGUUCUUAUAGUGUAUGUGUUAACAUUAAUCUUCAGUUUGAACACUGGUGUAUUUAUUUUUUAGCAACUUGACUCCUGGAAGCCUUAGACUAAUUUUUAAAUAAACAUUCAACCAAAAAUUAUGAAUUUAUUGAGAUGUGGCCUUAUAUAUGGUAUUUCUUGUGUUCAUAAUGUGAUUUUUUUUAAAUUUAGAUUUUAUUUAAAUCAAGAUUUAGAAUUAGUUUCAUUUUCAGUCAAAAUAGAAAAUGUAUUAAGCGUCUAGGCUUCUGGGAGGAAGUUCUUAUACUCUUCUUUCUUGGCAUUAGAAAGAAGCAAUAUGAAUUUAUGAAUAUUCAAACUAUUCAGGCCAUUGUGUUAUAUUCAGAUUGGUUUAGGUUGGUUUUAACCCAGUGUUUCUUUAAAGUUCCAGGUUGUUGGCAUUCUUUGAGUAUAUGGCUACUCUGGUUUUAUACGGGAUGUAUGAACUCGUGGUUACAUAUAGCCAGAUUUCAGUGUUUUAAAGACUUCCUGUUCCAUUAGUUAUAUUGUAAUGGGAGGCUUUUAAAAUAUUAGGUAAAGUUUAAUUGAAGUCACGCAAAUCUUUAAUGGUAUCCGUGGGUAGGAAAUACUAUGAGGAGUUUCUCACCUUUAAAACUCCACCAUGGGAGGAAUUAUAGUCACUUCAUAAUUGGACAGACUCUUCAUCUUAGUAAAAACAUUUCAUUUCGAAGGUGUAUUUUUUGCCACACUGUUACUGCGUAACACUUCUCAGCAUUUCUGUAUGCAAAUUAUUUUAAAAUACAGAGAUAAAUUCAUAUUUGUUUAUUUUUUUUAACCUUGGAAAUUGUAGUACUCAGGUGGUAUUUAAUGGAAAAUGAUCCUUUGGGGUAAAUCAUAAUGUAUUUUGAGGACUGCCUCUAUAAUAACAUUUAUGACUUUAGCCUUAAAAAGGUCUAUUAUUUCUUCCUUUGCAUCCCAUGGUAUAUUAGCAAAGUAGUUUACAGCCCAGCACAGCCUUACAAAGUUGUUUUACAAUUUUUAAUGGAAAGCCCUUAACAACAACAAAAAAUUGUAUCAUAUUACAACACCCAUGAAUUAUUGGAUAAUCACCCUUUGUAAAUAAGCUGUCUAAUAUCAGAAGGCCAAAGAAAGUCUUGAGAUUUUAGCUAUUGACUGUGGUGUGGUGACUUCAUAAGAUUUCUGUGCAAAAGGUAAGGUGAUAUUCCAUCAAGUAGGCAUCCUUUUUUUGAUGCCCAUGAAAACUAGACUUCCAUAUUAGCUUCUUUCAAAAGGCUCAUUCCCAUUUUAUUAAAAUGUUUGUACUUGCAAUUUUGUGUUUAAUGUUUACUUUGUCUUUUCUUUCUUUAGCAUUUAGGUGACUGUUCAGCAGUUUGCUAUAUGGUCAUUGUUGGCCUUAAACUGCACUAGUAACAAGCAUGGUAUUUAUCUUGUAUUGAAAAUAAAAACAAAGUUUUGAUAA